AACUCAAAAACCCUUUUGAUGUUUCUUCAUUCCCUCUGCAUUUACCCUUCAUCUUCUUCAAUUCACUCAGACAGCUCAUGAAGAUGUCCUCUGCAAUCUGCAGUCAUUUCUACUUGAUGGCUCUUCUGUUUCUUGUAAUAAACUUUCCAGAAUUGUGCUCAUCACAUCAACACAAUUAUGAAAUGAAUAAGAGAUAUCCCAACAGCAGCAUCAAUGUCCACCAUGGAAGUUAUAAAAAGGAAGUGGAGAUUGAGGUUCAUGGAAUCCUUUUCUGGGCUUCCAUGGGAUUCUUGAUGCCUGUGGGAAUACUAACAGCUCGAGUUUUAAGCUUAACCGAUCGCGGCCAUCCGAGGCACAAAAUCUUGUUCUAUGUUCAUGUGGCUUUGCAGGUGGUGUCAGUGGUUGUCGUGACUGUUGGAGCAAUUCUAUCAAUGAGACAAUUUGAGAAUGAAUUCAGAAACAUCCAUCAAAGAACAGGUCUGGGGCUUUAUGCUGCCAUUUAUCUGCAACUCCUCAUUGGAUUCAUAAGGCCCAAAAAGGGAGGUAGAGGGAGAAAAGCAUGGUAUAUCUUGCACUGGGUGGUUGGGACAAGCACAGGGUUGGUGGGAAUAUUGAAUAUCUACACAGGAUUACAUGGCUACCAGAAACGAACAUCAAGAAACACUAGGGUUUUGGGAAUAGCUUUCAGUGCUCAAGUGUGUGUGAUGAUGGUAGUGUUUCUUGUUCAAGACAAAUGGGGAUACAUCCAAACACAAGGAAUCAUUGCAUUUGCUCCACCUCAUCAUCUCAAGGAUUCUUCUUCUGCUCAACCACAAAUAUAAUUACAUCGAUUAAUGGCAAUGGCUAU